AUGGCAAAACUUGUACCACGCGAGAUGGUUUUCGGUCUCUUCCUAUGGAUUCACAGUGUGUUCGCAGACGUGACAUUUACGUCUAACUUCUCCAUGGACAACGAAGUGCACUCCAGCUUCAUCCAGCGGCGGCUGCGGAGCCAGGAGCGCAGAGAGAUGCAGCGGGAGAUCCUCUCCAUCAUGGGGCUGCCGCACCGCCCGCGACCCCACGACCACAACACACAAAACGCAGCCGCACCUGUGUUCAUGAUGGACUUAUACAACACCAUCUCUCUGGAUGCCCAACUUCCCGGCUAUUCAUAUUAUAAGGCCCCAGAGUACACUACGCAGGCUCCGCCGAGGGGGACAACGCAGGACAGUAGUUUACUCGAUGACGCGGAUAUGGUGAUGAGUUUCGCGAAUCUUGUAGACGCGGAUCAGGACGGACAUCGCCAUGGCAACCACAGACGGGAGUACCGCUUCGACCUGUCCCGCAUCCCAGAGGGCGAGGCGGUGACGGCGGCCGAGUUCCGGAUCUACAAGGAGUACAUCCGGGAGCGGCAGGAGAAUGACACCUUCAGCGUCAGCGUGUUCCAGGUCCUGGCAGAGCCCCCCUACGGGGACCGGGAGCUGUUCCUCCUGGACCAGCGGGUGCUGUGGGCCCCAGAGGAGGGCUGGCUGGUGUUUGACCUCACCACCACCAGCAACCACUGGCUGAUGCGCCCCGAGUACAACCUGGGCCUGCACCUGGUGGUGGAGGACAGCAGCGGCCAGCGGGUGAGCCCCGGGCUGGCCGGCCUGGUGGGGGGCGGCGGGCCCCAGGAGAAGCGGCCCUUCAUGGUGGGCUACUUCAAGGCCAGCGAGGUGCGCAUGCGCAGCGUGCGCUCGGCCCACGGGGGCAGGGGCCGCCACGGGGGCCGCGGCCGCGCCCAGAAGACCCCCCAGGACGCCUUGAGGGCGGCAGAGGCAGCAGCAGGUAACCUUAGUAACAAAAAACAGGGCUGCAAGAAGCACGAGCUGUACGUCAGUUUCAGAGAUUUGGGAUGGCAGGACUGGAUCAUAGCUCCGGAGGGCUAUGCAGCAUACUACUGUGAAGGAGAGUGUGCCUUCCCGCUCAACUCCUACAUGAACGCCACCAAUCACGCCAUCGUCCAGACUCUGGUCCACUUCAUCAACCCGGAGACGGUGCCCAAGCCCUGCUGCGCCCCCACCCAGCUCCACGGCAUCUCGGUGCUCUACUUUGACGACAGCUCCAACGUCAUCCUGAAGAAGUACCGCAACAUGGUGGUCAGAGCCUGUGGCUGUCACUGACCCCCGCUGCUGGCUGUCACACUCUGCGUCCCCCGCGUCCUCCCUCCACUUAUGAAUGACUUUGGGGGAUUGACCGGGCAUGGAGUACAGACACCGGCGUUCAGGGCUGGGUGGAUGAUACGGCAGCGGACAGUAGGAACUGCCGCCGUGGCUGGAUCUAGGGGGCGUGCGAGGACAAUCACCCGUUGUUGGGCCCAACAUACCGUAGGAGUCUCUUUGUGUUGGUGUUUCCUCCCGGUGUGAAGAUUCGACACCGCUCUGGUGAACUUUAACCCGUGUCUCGGGACUGCAGACCCACCAGCACACAGUCUUGGCGAGAGGCAACAGACCCGGCGUCAGAGGACCAAGUGGAGGGGCGCGAUCUUAAACAGGACGGUUGUUUACAUGUGUUGGCCAACUCGACUCAUGGUCGAAUGUCAUUGGCUAUUCAAGUCCUUCUUGAAGUUUACGGAUCUCCAUUCAGCAAUCAGAAUAAUGUCGGAUAUCUAAACACUGUCAUUGUUCACAAUAAUUUUGUUGACACUUACAGGGAGCAAAACGGGGCCACCGAGUACCGUCUUUGGCUGAGAUGCACACCCAUGUACCCACAUAGUGUUUGGCCUGGCUAUAGUUCCCAUUUUGAAGGCGUCAAUAUAUGUUGAUGUUAUCUGGUGUGUUCAUUCAAGCCACUGAUUAUAGAAAAAAAACAUUCCCUGGCUUUAAAACUGAACAUAGUCAAAGAAGUUGAAGGUAAUAUAAAUACAAAGCUCAUACAUUUCUCCAACGAGUGCACAUUUUGGGAUUUGACUUCCUGAUAACCACCCAAACUAUUAAGAUGCCUUAGGAUUAUCUUGUGUAUUUAGCCUCUUUAGUAAUGCAAGAACAAAUAUUGGAGAAGUAAUAGAUGAUAUUAUGUAGCAGGGGAGGGUGGCUUUACCCAACUUUUUACAUAUAUCAUGUCCAAGAAUGCAUUGCUGGCUGCGUUGACUGAAUACCUAAAGUACAUAAAAUAUACAAAACCUAUUCAAAACUGAAUCAUAAUACAUAUUUCAUGUUUUUAUUGGGAGCGGAUGUUUGUGGAAGCAGUGCAGGGUGAACAGGGGGAAUACAUUUGCCGGGGAUUUUAUGGGGAUAAUAGACGGAGAAGUCAGUUCAGUCGUUGAGCUGUGAACCGGUGGAUAAGUAAUUCAGACUGACAUUUAUUGGCCACGUGAAUGAAGGAAUUCCACUGAACCCACACUGCUCUAGACACAGGAAACCUUCUGUCAAAUAAAGCUGGAUGAGGAGAAUGAGUACGCCUAAGGCUUGUAAUCCUGACAUUUUGGAACGGUUGUAAAAUAUUGCUUGAAGGGCUGAAUCCAGAUACAAAUAUUGUUUCACUUCAGACGUGUUUAAUGUUUCACUCCUGUUGUUUACGAUGGACUUCUGUUGGUCAAUCUAACAGUGGGUCAAAAUUGGAUAAAAUAAAUGGGAAGACUAAAUGGUGUUUAACAAAUAACAGGAAUAGGUAAAUAAAUACAAUAGCAUCAUGCCAUAUUAAGUGAUUUAUGUUUUUACAUUUCUCAGGGAACAAUCAAUAAAUGCACAUAAU